AUGUAUUUAUUCCAUUUGUAAAAGGUAUUUAUUUUAAAAUAUAUGUAAAAAUUAAUUAAGACACUUUACUAUUUUAAAUAUUGUUGUAUAAGAAACGAAAAUAUUUUCAAAAAAAGAAAGAGCUCCAUUUCGUAUUUGGUCAGAAGUCUAUAAUGUUGAAAAAGAGGAUAAUAAAUUUGAAGAUAAAAAAUAAAGAAAAAAGAAUUCAGAAUUCAAUGUUGAAUUAUUGAUGUUUAAUGAUUUUUAAAACUAAUCUAAUUUAACUAUAUCCCAAGUAUCAAAUCAAAGUUAAGGGAUUUGUAGAUAUAUUUUAUUUAGCUGAAUUUUAUCAAAUAGAAUUAAGUAAAAAAGAAAAGUUAAAACAACAAAUAAUGUAUAACUAGAUUUUAAAAAGAUUGGUUAAGAAAUCUUUGGUGAAGAUUCAAAUUAAAUCAGUGAAAGAAUUAGAUAAUAAUCUCCUUAUUGUCAUCUUAAAUCUUGUAGAUUUGUUCAUUUUAUAGUAAAAACUGGGGAUAAUUUAAAGUAAGAAUAAUUUGCUUUAUAACUCGUAAAAUUUUACAUAUUGA